AUGGCCAGUGAUUUGCGAACUUUGUUGAAGCGUGAACGCUUGCUUCAGCAAAAGGUGUCUAUCGUGGAGAAGUUUGUGAUAGCAUUUGACAAGGAUCGUGACGAGUGUGAAGUAGAAGUGCGACUUAAUGGCCUAGAAGAAGUGUAUGUGGAGUUUUUCGUGCUACGUGAGAAGAUUGAGUUGCUGAUGGAGGAUGAAGAGGACGAUGGAGACGACAUCGAUCCUGCUGAGAAGGAUGCAACUAACCGUGAACAACAGAAUUUUCUUGCCGCCGAAAACUUCGAAAACCGCUACUGCAAGUUGAAAGUUGCCCUGUUGAAACUGCUUCCACCAAAGGAUCCACCCCAGCGCAGCAGUGGAACCCCUGCUGAGCAAGCCACUACUCAUUCCAAGGUGAAGUUGCCGGAAAUAAGCUUACCUGUGUUUAGUGGAAAACUAGGAGAGUGGGUGAUGUUCCGUGAUACUUUCCGCAGCCUAAUCCAUCAAAACGGGCAGUUGAAUCCGAUGGAUAAAUUUACCUACCUGAGGACGUCGCUUACGGGAGAUGCUCUGAAGGAAAUCAACACCAUCGAACUCUCGGCUGCCAACUAUGAGGUUGCGUGGAAGGUUCUCCAAGAACGCUAUGAAAACAAGAAGCUGAUCGUUAAAGCGUAUUUGGAUGCGCUGUUUUCACUGGAGCCACUCAAGAAGGAGUCGUACGACGGACUGAAUCACCUCGUCAGCGAGUUCGAAAAGAACUUGCAGAUGUUGGACAAGGUAGGCGAGCAAACAGCCCAGUGGAGUACUAUUCUCGCCUACAUGCUUUGUGCCCGGAUGGAUACAGCGACGUUGCGUUUAUGGGAAGCGCACCAUAAUUCCAAAAACGUGCCGAAAUACCAGGAUUUGGUAACUUUCCUUCGCAAUCAGUGUUCCGUCCUGCAGUCAAUAGCUCCGUCGAAGUCUACCAGUUCCGAUCAACGCCAGUCGAAGAUUGCUGUGUGCCACGCUGUGGUGAAGAUGUCCAACAAAUGUCCAUUUUGUGGCGAGUCUUGGCAUUCUCCAUUUCACUGUACCAAGUUCCAGAAAAUGAAGGUCACGGAGCGCAACGAAGCGGUGAUGAAGAGCAAGCUGUGUCGGAACUGCCUGCAUCCUGGUCAUUUCUCUAGGACGUGCGAUAAAGGUGUCUGUCACCACUGCCGGCAGAAACACCACACCAUGCUGCACUUCACCCCGGUAAGAUCCUCCGUUCCACCCGCGCAGACGAGAAAUCAAGAAGCCAGCCCACAACAACGUCAACCACAAUCAAACCCACAGCAACCGAACCAACAAGCACACACUCAGUCAAACAAUGCACCCACACACACUGCCAACUCACAAAUCAAUAGACCACAGCCAAGCACAAGUCAACCCAACACAAGCCACAACUACGUUGCACUACCCAAAACACCUGCCCACAACAUUCUUUUGUCAACGGCACUCGUACGAGUCAAAGACCGUUUUGGAAACAUUAUGCUUGCUCGAGCUUUGUUGGAUUCUUGCUCCCAACAUUGUCUCAUGACUAGGGAGUUCUCGAACAAGCUCAAGUUCCGAGUCUCCCCCACAUUCUUAUCAGUGCAAGGCAUUGGGUCUGCACAGAGUGUGUCUACCAAGCGAGUGAGCGCAGAAGUUUCUCCAAGGUCGCGAAUGAUUUCUCCGUUCGAAGAAGAGAUGCAGUUUUUCGUCUUGCCGAAGCUGACUGUUUCGCUGCCGACCUCCAGUUUCAACCCAUCGGAAUGGAACCUUCCUGAGUCGACGUUCAUGGCGGAUCCAGACUUCUACGAAUCUGGGCCGGUGGAUGUGAUAAUCGGGGCGGAGUACUACCUGGAUUUGUUGGCCGAUGGACGGCUGAAAGCGACGGAGAAUGGACCUACACUGCAGAACACUGUUUUCGGCUGGAUCGUUUCUGGCCGAGUUCCGGAUAUCCCAAUCAACGAACCACGUUCCGUAGUCAACGUUUGUUCUACAACGGAGUUGCAAGACCAGCUAACUAAAUUCUGGGAGAUUGAAACCUGUCGUACGGUCAGCAAUCAUUCCGUGGAAGAAUCUGCUUGCGAGGAGAUUUUUGCGAAAACGACAGUGCGCGACGAAACUGGGCGAUUCAUCGUUACACUACCGAAGAAAGAUUAUCUCGUCGAGAGACUAGGCGAAUCAAGAUCCAUUGCCAUUCGACGACUGAACUGCUUGGAGCGGCGUUUGUCUGUGAACCCGGAAUUGCGAACUCAAUACUCCGACUUCAUCCAAGAAUACCUGGAUAUGGGUCACAUGGUGGAGGUUUCUGAGGACUGUGAAGGAGUUGCAUACUACAUGCCUCAUCAUGCGGUGCUGAAGCCAGAGAGCACAACAACCAAACUACGAGUGGUGUUUGACGCUUCGUGCAAGACCUCAACAGGAGUAUCGCUGAACGAGGCAUUGAUGGUCGGCCCGGUAGUGCAAGAUGAGCUAAUCAACAUAAAUCUCCGAUUCCGUCUUCAUCGUUUUGCUGUCGUUGCGGAUGUGGCGAAAAUGUAUCGCAUGAUAGCUGUUUCUGGUCCCGAUCGAAAGCUGCAGAGGAUCGUGUGGAAGGGCAACACCGACCAAGAAAUUCGAACGUUCGAGUUGGCGACAGUGACGUAUGGAACAGCGUCCGCACCAUAUCUCGCUACUAGAUGUCUGGUGCAAUUAGCAGAGGAGGAAAAGGAAUCCCAUCCCAUGGCAGCAGCCGUUCUGAAGGAAGACUUCUACGUCGAUGACAUGCUGUCAGGAGUCGACGAGAUAGAUGAAGGAAAGCAGUUUGUAGAAGAAAUGGUGGAUUUGAUGCAGUCUGGUGGUUUUACGUUAAGGAAGUGGAAUUCCAACAGCGAGGAAAUAUUACGCCACGUUCCGGAGCAUCUUCGCGAUGAUCGAACAAUUCUCACGCUAGAUUCAAGUGAUUCCACUGUGAAAACGCUAGGGCUACAGUGGGAACCACGAACAGAUGCUUACCGCUUCAGCACUCCGAAGUGGAACGAGUCAGAUGCUGUAACCAAGCGGACAGUUUUGUCGGAUAUCUCCCGUUUGUUCGAUCCGUUGGGAUUGAUCGGUCCAGUCAUCGUUCAAGCAAAACUGUUCGUACAGGAGCUCUGGGAGCGUGAAUGCAGCUGGGACACUCCAUUAAGCGAAGAGUUGAGGGAAAGAUGGCUAGAGUACCGCAGAAACAUGAUCGGCUUGGACGGAAUCACGGUUCCACGUUGGAUUGGAGUCACAAAGUCACUGGAAUCCGUCGAACUACAUGGGUUCUGUGAUGCUUCACGAAAGGCUUACGGCGCGUGCAUUUACAUCCGAACCGUUACAAAUGAUGGUACCGUAGACGUACGGUUGCUUACAGCGAAGUCUCGAGUUGCUCCUCUAGAGAAUCUCAAGAAGAAGAAGAAGUCACUCUCCACUCCACGACUCGAGCUUUCCUCGGCACUGUUACUCGCACAUCUCUACGAGAAGGUUAUCGACAGCAUCCACAUGACCGUGGAAUCGCAUUUCUGGACAGAUUCGACAAUUGUGAAAUACUGGUUAGCGUCAGUCCCCUCCAGAUGGAAAGAAUUCGUCAGCAACCGUGUAUCGGAGAUCCAGCACGUCACCAAGGCCGGGACCUGGAAUCACGUUCCCGGAACAGAGAACCCAGCAGACAUCAUUUCUCGGGGCAUGGCACCCCCACAGCUACAGUACGAGUCCCUCUGGUGGCAUGGACCUCACUGGCUACUCCAAGACCGAGCAAACUGGCCAAAUUCUGAACCAGACACAAGUCAACUUCAGCCGUCGAUUCUGGAGGAAAAGGGAGCUGUUUCGGCACUGUUGCCCAGCGCGGAGCCUAGCGAAAUCUUCAGUCGUCGGUCAUCACUAACAGAUCUUGUGACGCUGGUAGCCUUCCUGCAACGGUUCUGCUUCAAUGCGAGAGCCACAAAUCGGGAGCGUCGCAAGCAAGCUCAUCUUACACUCGCCGAACGUGACGCAGCGCUUCGUUUGCUAGUUUGCCUCGCCCAGAAAGAAUCCUUUCCGCAAGAAUACGCCGAAUUGUCACGUGGUCGUACGGUUCAAGAUUCCUCCCGUAUCGCUUCACUGAAUCCCGAGAUGGUAGAUGGCAUUAUUUGCGUCGGCGGCCGGUUGCGGAACGCCAAGGUUCCUGCAGGCCGGAAACACCCAUAUGUCAUUGAUCAUCGUCAUCCGUUCACCACGCUCGUCAUGGCUGAAUACCAUCAGAAUCUGUUCCACGCGGGCCAACAACUACUAGUGUCGUCUGUUCGUGGAAAAUACUGGCCGACAAAUGCUCGCAAUGUAGCUCGAAAGGUUAUCCACGACUGUGUUCGCUGCUUCCGUGUCAAGCCGAAGAUUCACGAGCAACUGAUGGCGGAUCUUCCGUCAGAGAGGGUUACACCUUGUAGUCCCUUCCAACGCGUCGGCAUUGAUCUGUGUGGACCAUUCCAAAUGAAAUAUCCUCAGCGUUCUGCCCGUCCCGUGAAAUGCUUUGUCGUCGUUUUCGUCUGCCUGGUAACGAAGGCAGCCCACCUGGAAUUGGUAGCUGAUCAAACGUCUCAGGCAUUCCUAGCUUCCCUCAGACGUUUCACGUCACGACGCGGAAGACCGUCUCUCAUCAUGUGUGACAACGGCAGAAAUUUCAUCGGGGCCAAUCGAGAGUUGGCAGAACUGAAGAAGCUCUUCAUCGACCAGCAGUUCCAGAACACCGUGGUCAGAGAAACAGCGAACGACAAUAUAGAGUUUCGUUUUAUCCCCGCCCGCUCCCCAAACUUCGGAGGAUUGUGGGAGAGCGCAGUGAAGUCCUUCAAAACACUGUUGAAACGAACCAUCGGGGCAAAAACCCUGCAGUACGACGAGUUCCAGACACUGCUCACGCAGAUUGAGGCAGUUCUAAACUCUCGCCCGCUCACUCCGGUUAGCAACGACCCCAGUGACUACGAGGCUCUAACACCGGGUCAUUUCCUCAUCCAACGUCCGUUGGCAGCGAUUCCGGAGCCGAACCUUGAUGGCUUACCGGAAAACCGAUUGUCUGCAUGGCAAACCGUGCAGCAUUUUGUGCAACUUUUGUGGAGGAAAUGGUCCACUCAAUAUUUGUCGAACCUGCAUAAUCGCACGAAGUGGACCAAGAAGCGAGACAACGUGAAGGUCGGAACGAUGGUGGUGCUGAAGGACGAGAAUCAACCACCGUUGAGUUGGCUUCUGGGUCGGAUAACAGAGGUACACACCGGAGCAGACGGAAACAUUCGGGUAGUGACUGUUCGAACGAAGGAUGGCUGCUACAAAAGAGCAAUCUCGAAGGUCUGCAUCCUUCCAAUCAGCGACAAUUUCCAAUCGUCAGCAGGGGAGAACUAG